GAAGCCUAGAGGUCGCAAAUAUCCAGUUAACACCUAAAGAAACGUCGAGAGGUGCUAUUUUGUUCUUGAAAUAAAACUGUCAUUAACUUAAGUUGAACUUUGUUCAGAAGUCAUCAGUUUUACUUUUAAUUGAUAAUGCCUGUUACAAUUAUUCACGAAGAUGCAAGGUUUCAAGCAGAGCUUUCUACUGCUGGAAGCAAGUUGGUGGUUGUGGAUUUUACUGCAAGCUGGUGUGUUCCAUGCCAAAGAAUAGCACCUGUUUUUGAAGAACUUAGCAACAAGUAUACCCUAGCUAUCUUCCUGAAAGUGGAUGUUGACCAGUGUCCAGAUGCAGCAGCAUUUCAAGGUGUCACUGCUAUGCCUACUUUCAUUUUCUUCAGAAGUAAAGUGAAACUUGCUCAGAUUCAAGGGGCAGAUCCACAAGCUCUAGAGAACAAAAUAAAGGAGCUAGUGGGCUCAGAAAUAGAUGAUUUAGAAGGUGUUGUUCCUGGUCACGUUGACUUAUCUUCAUUCAUCACUAAAUCAUUAUGUGAAUGUCUAAAUGAAUCGGAUGAAAACACCCUCACUGAAUGUCUUUCAUCAGGAGAUGGAUUUCUUGAGUCAGAUGUUGAUGAGCAGCUUAUAAUGAGUUUUGGAUUCAACCAGACUGUAAAACUGCAUUCUUUGAAGAUUCAGGCACCAAAAGAUAGUGGACCAAAGAAUAUAAAACUUUUCAUCAAUCAACCUCGUACAUUAGACUUUGACCAAGCAGAUAACAUGGAACCAGUUCAAGCAAUAGAGAUUCAACCCAAAGACCUAGAUGAUGGAAGCAUCAUUCCUUUAAGAUAUGUCAAGUUUCAACAUGUGCAGAACCUUCAAAUUUUUGUGAAGGAUAAUCAAGAAGGAACAGAAAGGACUAGAAUAGAUCAUUUGGCAAUUUAUGGGAGCCCCAUCUGCACAACAAAUAUGGGGGAAUUCAAACGGGUAGCAGGAAAGAAGGGAGAGAGUCAUUGAUAUCUGGGUAACAAGAAAUAGUUCUUUAAAAUCCUAAUUAAUAAACACACUCUUUAAAAACUGUUUCCAGACCACUUGAACACUCUUUAUACAUCGUGGUUUCUUGCAACAAGUAUUAUGUCUAAAUGAUAUGAUAUUGCCAAAGUUUUCAGAGAAACAUGUUAGAAAGCCUUUUACGAUAGAUUAGUUAUUACCAAUGAACCAUGUAUAGUUAUUUUCAAAGAUAUUGCUUUGCUUUUAGAGUUAAUAUAGUUUUUUUACACCAUUAGUGACUUUCUUGAAAUAGUUAUAAAAAUGCAUUUUUCCUGUGAAUGAUAUGAAAGAAUUGUGUAUUAUUUCAUCAGAUUCAAACUUUAUUUAACCUGCCAACUUUGAAAAUAAUGUACACCAUGCAGAAAUUUUAUCAAUAGCUUUGUUUUCAAAUAAAACAGAUUCCACUAAAGGUUUAUUUAUGAAUGCAGUUACCGGUAAACCGUAAAUGUUAAUGAUUUCAAUUAGAAAUUAAUAUGGAAUUAGAAUGACUGUUUUCUUUACAAAUGAAAAUAAAAACUUACUAUAGUCCAGA